AUGUCUUCCGCAAUCGAGACCGUUCAGAACCUUCAGGGAACGAUCAAGCUACACGAUGGCACUGAGAUACCUCAGAUCGGCCUCGGGGUUUAUGAGAUGAGCAAUGAGGAGGCGGAACAGGCCGUUUACUGGGCCUUGGAAGCUGGUUACCGACAUGUCGACUCGGCGGAAUGGUACGGGAACGAGGCAGCUUGUGGUCGAGGCAUACAGAAGUUUCUCAAGGCCCGCCCAGAUAUAUCCCCCGAGGAUAUAUACUACACGACGAAACUUCAAACGAACAGGUCUUACGAUCAAACUUUGAAGAAGAUUCAACAGUCGUUGAAGGACUCCCUGGUCGACCAGAUCUCACUCUACCUUUUACACUCUCCCAUCGGUGGACCGAAAGUAAGGAAAGCAUGUUGGGAAGCUUGUAUCGAGGCCAAGAGACAAGGCUGGGUCAAGUCGAUUGGAGUGUCCAACUUUGGUACCAAACAUAUCGAGGAGUUCGAGCAAUGGGGCCUCGAAAAGCCCGUCCUUAACCAGGUCGACUUGCAUCCAUGGAUGCGAAGGCAACCUAUCGUCGACGUUUGUCGGAAGUACGGGAUCGUGCUCGAGGCAUGGGCCCCCCUCGCACGCGGUAUGCGAUUCAAUCAUCCCGUGCUGAACGAAGUGGCCAAGGCGCAUGACAAAAGCCCUGCUCAAAUCUUGCUGAGAUGGAGCAUCCAACAUGGUUUCGUACCGAUUCCCAAGUCUGUCAGUCAAAAGCGAAUUCAGAGCAACGGAGACCUCUUCACCUUUGAGCUGUCACAAGAGGAAAUGGCAAAGCUCGAUGAGCUUGACGAGUACCUCGUCACUGAUUGGGAUGUUGUCGACGUAGCCUAA